AGAUAUCAAUGGCCGUGGGUCCGAGCAUCACGAGUGUCCGCCGACGACGUUGACCACGCUGUUAGACGACGUUUCGGCUCUCGAGUGACGUGAGUGUGUGGUUGGUGGCUGUAUGCACUUCAGUGUAACUGUGCGAAGGUGUGCCAUCGAGCUGGAGCACCCGGGAGGGUUCACGUCCUCGCCCUGGGCGGCAGUACUGGGCCACCAACAUACUGCCGCUGCCGUGGCAGCGGCAGCCGCCACCAGUAUGAUGCAGACGAGGGACCAUCAUGCCUACGCCACUCAUCACCCCGCCACCCCUAUUGACCUACACGUGCCUCAGGCGUUUCCCUACUAUCGGUAUCGGGAUGAUACAUUAUGCUGGACUGAUCGGAAGCCCUCUGUUGACGACGUUGGCAACCCGUCUUCAGUUAACGCUCGAAGUUGUUAUCCAGAAGGUAUUCUCGAGCUGAGGAAAGAAAAAAGCAGGGAUGCCGCAAGGUCUAGACGUGGAAAAGAAAAUUUCGAAUUCUACGAACUGGCCAAGAUGCUUCCCCUUCCCGCCGCAAUCACCUCUCAAUUAGAUAAGGCUAGCAUUAUAAGACUGACGAUCUCAUAUCUCAAAUUAAGGGACUUCUCAGGCCACGGAGAGCCUCCAUGGAGCAGAGAUGGCCCGCCCCCGAAUAAAAGUUUGAAAGCUGGUAGGAGUCGAACGCAAGGUGGGUUAGCUAUGGAUAUUUUCGAACAACAUCAAGGGACACAUAUAUUACAGUCCUUGGAUGGUUUUGCUCUGGCUGUGGCAUCAGAUGGUCGAUUUUUGUAUAUUUCUGAAACAGUAUCAAUAUAUCUAGGACUUUCACAGGUCGAAAUGACUGGUAGUAGUAUAUUUGAUUACAUCCACCACCAAGAUCACUCGGAAAUUGCCGAACAAUUAGGAUUAGGUCUUUCACAAAGCCAAAGUUUAGCAUCACCGGAAAGUGGUUCGGAAGAGAGCUCCUCAACAGCAGGAACAAAUAAUCCCGAUGUGCAAAAUCCUCAUCACCGUCAGUCCGACAGUCAGUUGGGUGACAAGGAAAAACUCAUUCUUAAUCGGGACCAAAACAACUUUCUUUUGUUGACCAAUGUUCCAGUGUCCACGCAAAUGACGCUCGGAGCCAAUCCACCUUACAAAGGCCUCGACAGGGCGUUUUGCGUCAGGAUGAAAUCGACUUUAACGAAAAGAGGAUGCCAUUUCAAAUCAUCGGGAUAUAGGGUUGUAUUAAUGCUGAGCAGGUUGCGGCCUCAGUACACCUUUUCACAUUCUCGAAAGUCGCAGCCCCCUCUCCUAGGGAUGGUGGCUCUAGCAAUUGCACUGCCCCCGCCCAGCGUACAUGAAAUCCGGUUAGAAACCGAUAUGUUCGUUACUAGAAUAAAUUUCGAUUUCAAAAUAGCACAUUGCGAACCUCGGGUUAUAGAGCUCCUAGAUUACACACCUGAAGAACUGACUGGUAGAAAUUUAUAUUCUUUGUGCCAUGGAGAAGAUGCUGCCAAACUGAGAAAAUGUCACGUCGACUUAAUAAAUAAAGGCCAGGUCCUUACUCACUACUAUAGGAUAAUGAACAAAAAUGGAGGAUUCACUUGGGUUCAGACCUGUGCAACAGUAGUCUGUAACUCAAAAAAUGCCGAAGAACAAAACAUUAUUUGUGUAAAUUAUGUGAUAAGCGGGCGAGAGUAUGAGAACAUAGUGAUGGACUGUUGCCAGAUGGACGACCCCAACCACGUUGUGAAGAGAGAGGACGCAGGCAGCAACGACCCAGAGAAUGGAUCGCCAGACACCGAACGUGGAGAUGACCUGAACGGCGCAGGCCCACCGAAUCCAGCCCAACAGGACACCAGCCGAGAGGACGUCACCUGCGAAGGCAGCGCUCCCGAGAACGACACAACCGCUCCCAAGGAUACCGUUGAUCUGCGCAACCACCGCCUCGAUCUCGUAGCUCAGCUCCAAGCUACGCCCAUUGUGAAAGACCAGCGUAAGACGUUUCCAAUGCGCAGAGCUUCAAAGAGGAAAAACACGUCGUCGGACGAGAACGAAGAGGACGAGCCGAUCACCCCGUUGCGCAACUCUGCGAUUAGUCCAGCUUCUUCCUGCCAUUCCACCAACGGUACUCACCCGAUAGCCUCGGACUCCUCGGAGACGAGCCCCAAGAAGCUGGAGGACGCGGUGAGCAGCGUAACGUCGGUGAAGGAUUUAGAGAACGCCAUGUCGAAGCAUUUACCGGCUUGCAAGUCGCCGAUACACCAGCCCACGGACUUCAGUACGGACGCGCUGCUGAAGCAGCAGCAAAGAACGACCAUUCAGUGGAUCGGGGCGCACCAUCAGCAGCUGCAGCAGCAGGGGCCUCUACCGGCCUCAGCCCUACUCAGGCAGCUUUACGCCAACAGAGAAAGCGUGAUUCGGGCGAAUGUACAAGGUAUUUCGAGUGGUAGUAGUAGGUCUGGUAGUUCUCCCGGGUACUAUCCUAGUGACAAUCAAGUGGGUGUGGGUGCACUGCCGACUCCUCCCGGUAGCGAAGGUUCUUCUUCUUACAGUGAACAUCAGUUCUUACUUUCGCAACAUCAGAAUUAUCCAACUAGUUAUUAUAUGGACUAUCACUCAGCCAUGACACCUCCCUCAAGCGUGUCUCCUCGCGAUAAGCACCAGCAGCUUCACGGCGGUGUCGCUUUCGAUUCGACAGUGCCAUAUCAAGAUGUCCUGCGACACCAAUACCCGGACAGUCCGCUACCUUUGAAGCCACAAGUGUAUUCAUAUGUUGAUCAACCCCAAUUUUAUCACCACGGUUCGGCGGGAACGGGGUUCCACCUGUACCAUUCGAGUAAAAAUACUCCUAAUACUCCAACGAAUUGGUACCCCCCGUCAUAGUGAAGUAUUUUAUUAGACUCGAGACAUUUAUUUAUUAAUAUUGAUUUUCAACAUGAUGUGCCACUUUCUUUCACACAGCUUGAGUUAUCUAAUGUAUUUUUGAGAUGCAAGAUUGUAGUGGGCGUUUUACGAUACCAUUCGUUCAACUAUUUUGAAACCAAAGAAAAUAAUACAAAAUAACAUGAGUGAACAUUAGUUGGACUUCAUUUCAUAACAAUUUCAUGCAAAUAUUGUAGUAUAUUCGAGUAUAUCUAGUAUUAUGUUUAUAAGAAUGUACAUAUAUUAUGAUACAUGUUAUUUAGUAUUAUUCAAUUUGAACAGUGUCAUUAUCCAUACUUUUAUGUAUAAUUUAUAUGAAAUAGACUUUAAUGAAAAUUGAUUUAUUCGUAAUUUUAUUUUAUUUUUCAAUACUGAUCUAAUAUGAUGCAGCAUACUGACUAGUAGGUACAUCAUAACUUGUACAUAAAUUUUGAUUGAUAAUAAUCCUUAAUGCGAGGUCAUACAAAAGAAAUUGAAUUCAUAUCAACUGCAGUAAAACAAAUUCUCUAGACGCAAAUAUUUUCUUUCAAAAGGUGCUGUCAGUGUAGAAUUGUGAUGAUUUUUUUCAAUAUGUUAUGUUACUUUUACGUAUUCCUAGUAUUACUAUUGUUAGGGUUACCUACUUGUAUCAUGUUGUUACAUACUGUUCAGUACAAAAUACAAAAUUAUGGUUGCUUCAUGGAUAUGUUUGUAGCGUACAUCCUAUGUGCAAUAUAUAUAUACUUAAUCAAUUUCUGUACUAAAUAAAUGUUUGUUUAAGUUUUU